GACAAGAGUAAAACCAGAAACAAAAAAAAAAAAAAAAGGAAAGGAUCCACGUCAGCUUUCCCAUGGAUUCAACCAAAGCUCAACGUCGACUUUACACCAUUCACGGCCACCUUGUCUCCGACGUUGCCUCUGCCUAUUCUCAUUCCGACCUCCGUGCUAGCCCUACUGCCUGUGAGUUCGUCUCUGAACAGGGUUAUAGUGUUGUGCUGCCAGAGAAAUUGCAGACAGGAAAAUGGAAUGUAUACAGAUCUGCUCGCUCUCCAUUGAAGCUUGUGACGAGAUUUCCUGAUCAUCCUGAUAUCAGUACAUUGCACGAAAAUUUUGUAUAUGCGGUUGAUACCUUCCAAGAUUACAAAUAUCUUGGUACAAGAAUUCGAGUUGACGGAACUGUUGGAGAGUACAAGUGGAUGACAUAUGGAGAAGCUGGUGCAGCUCGGGCAGCCAUAGGUUCUGGCCUAAUAUAUCAUGGAAUACCAAAGGGCUCUUGUGUUGGAAUAUAUUUCAUCAAUAGACCAGAGUGGCUCAUUGUAGAUCAUGCCUGCUCAGCAUAUUCCCUUGUAUCAGUUCCUUUAUAUGACACUCUAGGUCCAGAUGCUGUCAAGUACAUUGUAAAUCAUGCAGAUGUGAAAGCCAUAUUUUGCGUGCCUCAAACAUUGAAUUCUUUGCUGAGGUUUCUGUCCGAGAUUCCAUCCGUUUGUUUGGUUGUGGUGGUUGGAGGAUUUGACAAUGAAGUGCCUUCACUGCCAUCGUCAACUGGCAUUCUAGUCGUGACAUAUUCAAAAUUAUUGAGUCAGGGCCGCAGUAACCUUCGGCCUUUUUGCCCACCUAAACCAGAUGAUGUUGCAACCAUUUGCUACACUAGUGGUACAACUGGAACACCAAAGGGAGUUCUGUUGACCCAUGGAAACUUGAUUGCAAGUGUUGCUGGAUUCAGUAUUACUACAAAAUUUAACCCCACUGACGUUUUCAUAUCGUAUCUUCCUUUGGCACACAUUUACGAACGAGCUAUGCAGAUCUCUUUAUUGUAUUUUGGAGUUGCAGUUGGAUUCUACCAGGGGGAUAACAUGAAAUUAAUGGAUGACAUGGUUGCUCUACGACCCACUUUAUUCUGCAGCGUCCCUAGACAGUAUAACAGAAUUUAUGCAGGUAUUGUGAAUGCUGUAAAGUCAUCUGGUCCCCUAAAGGAGAGACUUUUUAAUGCUGCCUACAAUUCUAAGAAGCAAGCAAUAAUGAAUGGAAAGAGUCCUUCUCCUAUGUGGGAUAGACUGGUGUUCAACAAAAUAAAAGCCAAACUUGGAGGACGUGUUCGUUUUAUGGGUUCAGGUGCUGCACCCUUGUCUCCCGAUGUCUCGGACUUCUUGAAGAUCUGCUUCGAUUGUCCAGUAGUUGAAGGUUAUGGAAUGACCGAGACUUCAUGUGUCGUAAGCUGUAUGGAUGAGAGUGACAUUCUUUCUGGCCAUGUAGGCUCUCCUAGUCCAGCUUGUGAAAUAAAGCUUGUGGAUGUCCCAGAAAUGAACUACACAUCAGAUGACCUGCCCUAUCCUCGUGGAGAAAUCUGUGUUAGGGGUCCAAUUGUUUUCCAAGGAUAUUUCAAAGAUGAAGUGCAGACGAGAGAAGUACUUGAUGAAGAUGGAUGGCUUCAUACAGGAGAUAUAGGGCUAUGGUUAACUGGAGGUCGUCUAAAGAUUAUUGAUAGGAAGAAGAACAUUUUUAAGCUGGCUCAGGGAGAGUACAUAGCUCCAGAAAAAAUUGAAAAUGUAUAUGCUAAAUGCAAAUUUAUCGCCCAGUGUUUUAUAUAUGGUGACAGCCUGAAUUCUUCAUUGGUAGCUGUUGUCUCUGUGGACCAAGAUGUUUUGAAAGCAUGGGCUGCUUCUGAAGGCAUUAAGUUCAAAGAAUUAGGACAAUUGUGCAAUGACCCAAGAGCAAGGGCUGCUGUCCUGGCUGAGAUGGAUGCUGUUGGAAGAGAAGCUCAGCUGAGAGGCUUCGAAUUUGCAAAAGCUGUGGCUUUAGUUCUUGAACCAUUCACGGUGGAAAACGGUUUGCUUACUCCCACAUUUAAGAUUAAGAGACCUCAAGCAAGGGAAUAUUUUGCAAAAGCAAUUUCAAACAUGUGUGCAGAGCUUGCUACAUCUGAUCCCUCUCCUCGUAUCUAAGUGCGAUAUCAAUGCAAUGAAAGCAAAUAUAGAAUCCAUGACCAAGCACUCCAAUGCAGAGGCAGACUAAUUUUUUUUUCCCUUCUUAGCAAUAGAGAGGCGGACUAGUCAUACAGAUUUUAACACAUGCUUGCCAAAUGAUUCAUUUAUCCUUGAACCUUAAAAACAUGCUUGGGAAGUUUUUAUUCCAUCAAGAAGAAUAAAAAAUAAAAAGAAAAAAAGGAUGUUUGUGGCAUUCUCAUACACAUGAAGCGAGAUGUACAAGAAGACUCUGUUGAGGAGCAAAGGAUUCUACAUUCUCAAUAGUCAAGGAUGCGAAUGUGAUUUAUAUAAGUAAGGGUUCAACAUUUUCUUAUUGAGAUAAUUCUUUUCUAAAAACAAAAUCGUGAAGAAAA